AUGAACACAGAACUACAUUUGGUCCGUUUUCUGGCUCUAGCUUUAGCAUUUUGUAAAUUAUUUCUCCGAGUGGCUGUGGCCGAAGGAGAAAUUAGCGAAGAAGAUAAAAUUAUCAAAGAUUGUAAUGGUAUUUUUUAUCGGCUGAUGGUUGAUUCCGGAGAACCGCCAUUUCCUGAUACCGCUUGCGAUGUGAAACAGGUAAGAACUGCCGGCGUCAAACUGACAGGAUAAAUCAGUCCUCAGUUUCAGACUUUAAGGACUUAUUUAUUAAGAAGUGCGCAGCCUCCUUGCUUGUUGGAUCAGUUCGGUCAUACAAAAUUAUGUUGAUUUCAAAACAAUAAUAAUUAUGUUUUGGCUGCUAAAAACGGAGAAAGAUUAUUAUCCAAGAAAUCCAUGACAAUGCUCGAAGGCCUUCGUUAUGCAUCAGUCAAUUCCACCUGCGCCCAGCCCCCGCCCCCUCCCCCCCCCCGGGCUGAACCCUGGGUACUGGCAUUUUUUUUGCCUUGGAUGGCAAAUUCCCGGGGGGGACUCUUGAGCUGUCAAAUCCCCCGGGGUAAGGACGAAAAAAGAGGGCAACAGCCCCGUCCUCCGUCAACACGGCAACAUUUUUCAUUGAUCGCACAGUUGAAUUGUAAGGAAAUUAACGUGGGGGAUGGUGCCAUUUUAAGCAUUUUAAUGUGCAAUUUUAUGUUUCAGUUUACGUCUUCCUUUGUAAUAGCGCUAGGAUUCUAACGAUCAGUGUAUACCCAAUUCUUUGUCUGAAGAUCCAUAAAAGUAAAUCUGGAUGGAAGAGGAAAUUGUCUCCCUAAACGCAGCCAGAUUAUAUUUCCUAACGUCGACAUGCACCAGUUUAUGGUUUUAGUAUUGAUAUAAAAUUAUUGACAUUAAAUUAAUAGAGCGUUGUAAAGUUAUAUGUUAUGAAUAGUUUUAUAAAUAUGAAAGGAUGUUCUUCAAAUAAUAUGAACAGAAAUUUGAUUCAAUAACCAAAAAACGUUGAUUCCCAUCGAUAGCUCCAAUUUCGUUAUGUAAUUUUGGCUUGAUAAGCAAUGAAGAAAUGCAAGUAUAAAACUUUACAACCCUCUUCAAUUUAUUCCGGUCCUUGACAGAUGAGCCAAUCUGCUUUUUUUCCAGUAAAACCCUCUGUGUAUUUAUAUUCUGAUAGGAAACUGCGUGCGUGUCAAAAGCUCGGGAACGGCCCCGGUGGUUGGCAAAUGCCCAGCCCCCGGGCAGUGCAAAAUUUGCAAAUGCCCCACCUGACAAGGCUGGCAAAUGUCCCGCAGUAUCCCGGGGGAGGGGAGGGGGGCGCUGAGCGCAGCUGGAAUUGAUCAUGACUGAUGCAUGAGCACUUCGUGUUAGCAAUGUAAGAAGAAACCGGACAGCAGUAGAAGAGACGGAGAUGCCCGUCGGAAAAUUUAAAUUAAACCCCAAAAGGAGGCAGCGGCAGGCUUAUUUGACCCCUUAAUUAGGGUGACUAUGGCCUUAUUCGGAUAAUGAAAGGCCGGACCAUGCAUAGUAUACUUAAACAGACAACCAAAUAUAUAUUAGCUAUAUGUAUAGUUAUUUUCAUUACCGAGCUUUAAAAUAUUGUCAUCGCCGAAUGUUAUAUUUGAUACCAAAUGAAUAUGAGGAAAUAUCAGCCUUUCCUUCUACACACUAAGUGGCACCAACAACUGCAGUUUACACUUUUUAAAAUGAGAUGAGGAGGAUCCACGUCUAUUUCUAAUGGAAGUUCCUCCCCGGGAUCAACAAACAAUAUGUGGAAAACAGCACCCACCCUUUCUACAUAUCGAUCAAUCAGUCUCCUGCCUGCACUAACUGCAAAGCUAACAGAGCCGUUUUGCAAGGUACCUCUAGAUCUCUAGAACUGCGUUAAAAAGGAAAGAGUCUCUUAUCUUCGUUGUUGUGCUGUUGUCAUCAUCCGGUUUAGACUCACACCGUUUUCACAACACCUUCUUCUAAGUACAUAAAAUUUUAUUACUUGUAGGCAUCUAACAAAACGUUUUCAAAAGUUUGUGCACAAAGUUCUUACGAACAUUUUUCUUUUACAGAAAGUAAUAGACUGCUUUGAAGAAAGACAAGGGUCAGGAAUCCUUUUGGAUAAAGAUCGGUUUCUCUUACUCCAGUCUUCUAUAGUAGAUAAAGCGUUAAUGUGUCCUAACAGCAACUUCGAGCAACUUGAACAGAGUAUCCAAAAUUCUGGUAAGUUCAACUUCUUGUUCUUUCUUGUCAGAAAACGUGUUGCAUUUAUCUCGGCCCGUCUAAGAGGGAGACAUGUCUGAUCAAUCGUCUUCAUGGCUUCUUGAGUUUUCCUCGACUUUUUCGUCCUUUUCUGAUCGAACCUAAUCGUAUAUGUCAGUCAGUAUUGAAAAGACAAAAUCAUUUGUAAAUAAAAAUAUUUCUUAGUAUUUUUUUUUGCCAUCGUGCGUUAUGUAUAUGAGGCCAAAUAAUAACAAUAAAGAAAAAGUAUUUUGCAGAUAUAUGCUUGCUUUUUGCAAGUUUAUUUUGUUACAAGGAGCGGUAGAACUCGUUACUUUUUUAACGUUCUUUUAGUCUUAGUCUGCAAAAGUUUGUUUUGAAGUUUGCGCUGUAUGGUAAGAGAGAUUUUAGAGAGAUUAAGAUUCACGUUUACCGCAAACGGCAAACGUCAGAGUCAAGUUGACAAUUUAUCAGAAUAGAAAAUAGGCAGAUAAAAACAUUCCUGAACGAUUCCUAUGGUUAAAACUGGCAUAAAACUACUUCUUUCAAAAUGGCUGUCAUGUGCCAUGUUUUAAAAAAAAAAAACGCUGUCCCCGGUCCUAUUUUUGUUUAUUAUUUAGCACUCUCACCUUGUUUUAAAUUUUAUUACUAGCACAAGCACAUUUUGCACAGCUGCUGUGAUGGGUUAUGCCUUUUGGGAUAAUACGAAAUUAGAAUGGUUUUGUCAUUAUGGAAAGUAGACUGGGUCCAAAACUAUCCCAUAGUGCACUUCGACAAAGUACCCUCCUUAGGCUAGUCUCCUGCGAAACCUCUCUGAAUGGCCAAUACGGGCCGAUUUCCGACUCACAGCUCAGUCCGCGAGAUUGCUAAAUUGUAUCUUUGUUCCCAAACGUCAAGUAUACUCUCAUAUAUCCUGAAGUCACAAUUUGAAAUUCGAUGGAGGAGUUUUUCUAUUUCAAUUUAACGAAAUCGUCUUAACAUCUUUCCAUAAAAAAGAUCGAGCUAUUUUUUUUUAAUAAAACAAUUUGUAUAUUUGUAACGUUCUUGUUGCCUUAUAGCUACGGUCCAACAGUUGCUUCUCCAGCAUCCAAAAAGUAAGUUUUUUGCACUAAACGAUUUCUUACAGGCUUUCUCUUUUGUGCUUUCACUGACUUGGCUGCACCUUGCAGGUGUAAGAAAGGAGAAGUCGCUAUGUCACGUUGCCUUGGUAGCAAAAUUUCUGGAUCUCUACAAACCUUUGACAUGUAUGACUUUCCUGUGCAUGACGGCACUCAGGAACAGAACGGCAGCCGAUACUUGCGUCGCUCGACAAUAAAAAUGGCCGUCUCUGUCAAUAAAGAUUUUUGAGAUCCAGAAAAUUUGCAACUAUGGUAACGUGACGUCACACAUCUCCUCUCUAUAAAAAGAGAUGGGCAUAGUUACAAUGAGCCUGGGAUUAAGAGAGUUGAGAAAUACUUUGCUGAUAAGAACGUAUGGCCCUGAAUGAAGUAAAGCUGGCUUCUUGUACAGGCCCAGCCAGCUUGCCAUGCAGCAUAGUGACUGGUCUUCUGGAAACAGUUUAUUUGUUUAAUUCCCGCUUCAGUUGUCAAUAUUUGAGCCUCGAGAGAAAAAAUGUAUAACUAGUUUUUCAGUUCUCAGGAACCACGAAAAAAAAAUUCCUUCGUGUACAAAUUUCAGGAAGUAAAUCUCGGGGAGAGGUAAACAUUCGCGGGCCAAAGAAAUGACCCAUCCCCUUAGAGCGAAAGAAAUGACCGAUCCGGGUUCCUCCCCUAGAUCCCAAAUUGAGGUUUCAUAUCUUAUUUCCUUCCAGUUACCAUACCCUUAAUGGGUCCUGAAGACUGCGCUAAGAUGAUACACUUGAAUUGUGAGAAGAAACUCUUCGACCAAAUGGUAGUGGACCAUUUGCCAUGGCCUAAGACAACCAAGUGGAGGCAGUGUUAUGACGAAUAUAUGAAACAAACACAAUGUGCAUCGUCAAUGUUGGAGAAGUACUCCAAUUUGCAAAAGUACUUUGGAGAGAAUUUGAGACAAUGCGAAUAUACUUCAGGACUUUUUGGUAUUUUUAUGAAUGACCAUCAUGAAUCGACAUUAAAACUUAUUGUUGGCAGAUAG